AUGAACAUCUUCAAUACCUCAAUCCAGGGGGUCUACUUUGUUAUCCUCAUCAUUUUUGCGCCAUUCUGCACUCUGGCAGUCGCUCUCCGGUUCAUCGCUUGCAGAAAGGCUGGGCGGAAACUUGGCCUGGAAGACUGGUUCGCAUUGUGUGCACUCAUCGUUUAUCUGGCGUUCACUAUCCUUUCCGCAAUAACUCUCGCUGCUCUAAAUGGCCGAAAUCAGGCAGUCUUGGCCGUCCAAGACCCGGAGGAGUUCGCAAGAAUCCGCAAGAUGACCUAUGCCGACCUGCCACUAUUUCCUCUUCAGAUGUUGUUUUCUAAGUUGAGCAUCAUGGCUCUUUACCUUCGCAUCUUUGGCAUCCGCGCUGUCUACACCCGAUGGAUUUACUUCCUAGGUGCCAUUCAUAUAUCUUGGGUGAUCAUGAUUCUAGUCCUUCAGACUGUAUCUUGCAACCCGCUUGAGAAGUUUUGGCGCCCCUUUAUUCCAGGAUGGUGCUUCUCGGAAGCCAUACUGGCUAUUCCUUCAGAGUGCAUCAAUUCCAUUAUCGAUUUCGCUCUAGUAAUCCUUGCCUUAUUCAUGAUCCAGUCCAUUCACAUUUCAAGGGAUACUAAGUGGAAGUUGGGCGGGUUGUUCGGCCUUGGAGGCUUGUAUGUUCUUGGUCCAGCCAUGCCCCACUGA